AUGUCGGCCGACGCAGCUGAGUCCGAUACCGGACUUCAGACUCGUCCCCAACAGAGUCCCCUGGCCUCGAGACGCAGCCAGGCAGAAAAUCCACGGAGGAGGAGGCUCGAGGGUCUCUUCCCUCUCAGCUACAAGCAAGGAUUCAGUCAGUGGUGGACGGCAUUACCUGCGGCCCAAGCUGAACAUAAAGUCCUUUCUUUUGUCCCUUACCUGCGAACGCCUCCGACACAUACACAAAUUGGUUCUGAACCUCCCUCUGCGAAUGCUUCAACACUCUCAGUCAACUCUUCCCCCUCCGCGGAAGCCACGUCUGUGACGACAAGUUCCAUCACCGACCCAUACGGCCCUCGAACAUGGUAUUCGCGAAUGGUGCCACUUGGUGGGAAGAACAGAGCAUUGAAUGAAUUCUCCGUCGAACGGACCGGCGAGACCGCCGAUCAUAAUCUCGUCAUAUUGCAUGGUUAUGGCGCUGGGUUGGGAUUCUUUUACAAGAAUUUUGACGCCCUAUCGCGAGCACCAGGAUGGCAACUCUAUGCCUUGGACAUGUUGGGAAUGGGCCGUUCAACUCGACCACCAUUCAGAAUAAAAGCAAAGACGCGGGAGCAACAGAUUACCGAAGCGGAGGAUUGGUUCAUCGACUCCCUAGAAGAAUGGCGUGUGAAGAAAAAGAUUGACAAGAUGACCCUGGUCGGCCACAGUAUGGGCGGAUAUAUGGCUGUAUGCUAUGCGUUGAAAUAUCCAGGACGACUGAACAAGUUGAUCCUCGCCUCACCGGUUGGAAUUCCCGAGGACCCUUACGCCACCCAUGCUGCAAUGCCCGAGCCUCCGGAAUCAACCCUUCAAAACGAAUUCACCCAAGAUCAAGCGAGUGAGACGGUGGUGAUGACAGACAACAAUAAUUUCCUAAACGCAGGAAAGAAAGCAGAAGAGGCACGGCAGAAAGCUAAUCCCAACCGCAUCCCCGUUGACGGAGAUGACGAGCUACCCGCCCCAAGACGUCCGUUACCCAAAUGGCUGACGUAUCUUUGGGAUGCAAAUAUCUCACCAUUCAGCUUUGUUCGCUGGUCAGGUCCUCUGGGCCCACGAUUAGUAUCAGGCUGGACGAGUCAAAGAUUUUCACAUCUUCCCGUUGAAGAAGCUCGUGCGCUACAUGACUACAGCUACAGUCUAUUCCGAUUGAGAGGGAGUGGUGAGUAUGCGCUGGCUUAUAUCCUCGCACCCGGUGCGUUUGCCCGAAAUCCGUUAAUUCGACGAAUUCAUAUGAUUGGUCGUCGGCAAUUGACCCCUGACUCGUCCAACCCUGCAUCAGAACCGCAACGGGAAAAUGGCAUCCCUGUUGUCCUCAUGUACGGUGAGAAUGAUUGGAUGGAUGUCAAGGGUGGUUACGCUGCAAAAAAGAAAAUUGAUGCCGAGCGCGCACGUGCAUUGAAGGGCAAGUCCGCGGCUGAAAUUGCAGAGGACCAAGGAGGUGCCAAAGUCGUCAUCAUCAAGAACGCCGGCCAUCACGUUUAUCUGGAUAGUCCAGAUGAGUUUAACGAGGUCAUGCUCGCGGAGAUGGAAGAUGUGCGGAAACGAAGUGAAGGAAGAAAGAAAGGUGGAAUGAAGGGAGUUCGGCUUGUUGAGAGAAAGAGUGACAAAGCACCUUGA